UUCCGUAAUGAAUUUUGUAUUAUCUAUGUAGUGCUGUAGUGUGUGUAUUAUAUUUAUGUGAUGACAAGUAGCUAGCAGUACCGAUAACUUUGGUUGACGAUUUAUUUUAUGAAUUUUGUAUCUACUCUAUUUCAUAAUUGCAGUGUGUUAAGUAAGAGAUGUAAUGUGAAUAACAAAUCAUCAUCAACAGUGUACAUACUUAUUAAAUUAGUACUUAGUAGAAGUUACUUAAUAGAUUGAGAUGUGAGGUGACAUGUUUUUAUAUGUUUGCUUUGUCGAUGUUCAAUGUGAUCGCGAAGAAAAUCUCUGAAUGUUAUGUAGGCUCGGUUGAGCAUUAAAAAUAUACGAUACCAUAAUGCCUGUUCAGCAAAUUAAUGUGAAGAACUCUUCGGAUAUUGAGAGUUGGGAAUGGGGAGGAGGAUGUGGUAGAGAGGUGAUUCGUACGGGGUCAGGGAGCAGCCGCACGUCAUGUAGCAACUCCAGCGGUGAUAUUUGCCGCAUAUGCCACUGCGAGAGCGAGCCUCACAAUCCUCUCCUAGCACCAUGUUAUUGUUCAGGAAGUUUGAAAUAUGUUCAUCAGAGCUGUUUACAACAGUGGCUGACGGCAUCAGAGACGAGGUCCUGUGAACUCUGCAAAUUCAAUUUCAUCAUGCAUACCAAAAUAAAGCCAUUUAAUGAGUGGCGUUUGCUAGAGAUGUCGGGUGUGGAACGCAGGAGACUGUGCUGUGCUGUACUGUUCCACUGUGUCGCUGCACUCUGCGUCAUGUGGUCCCUCUUUGUACUUAUUGAACGGGCAGUAGAAGAGGUCAACCGUGGCAUGAUUGCCUGGCCUUUUUGGACAAAAUUGGUCGUUGUGGCUGUGGGAUUUACCGGCGGCGCAGUCUUCAUGUACAUACAAUGUCGGCAAUAUCUCCACCUAUGUAAUCGUUGGCGAGCACACAACAGGAUACUGUUAAUUCAAAAUGCGCCGGAGAAGAUCCCAAUCGGAGGUGGAUCUCCACCCGUGCGAGUGAAGAGACGCGAGAGGAGCGCGCGUGGGCAAGUUAUCGCCAACAUCGAGCCCCCGCCGCCGCCCGCCGCCUACCACGAAGAGGACGAGAGCGGCGGCUUCGAGACCUACCGCGGCAACCCACACCGCCGUCUGUCCGCGCUGCCCGACCCGCGCCCCGACGACACGCGCCGCUACUCCGACACGCGCCUGGCGCAGGCGUGCGACGAGGCGGCCGGGUCGCCCGAGCGCGGCGGCGUCUACCACAUCAGCGUGGAUCCGCUCGAGGCCGACAUCCGCUCACUGCUGGCGCUGGAGGCGCGGCGCGCCGCCCGGGCCGCGCGCUCGCUGCCAAACCUGCGCGCCUCGCGCGAGACGCUGCUGCCCGCGGCGCCAGCCGGCCCGGGUCCUGCGGGCCCCGUAGCCGGUCCCCCCACAGCCGGGGCCCCAGCACCGGCCCCAGCGGCCUCCUGAGGCCCGCUCCUGCUGUACCCGGAUGAUACGGUGUACUAGCGGGUACUAGCGGCGCAGUGUGCGAAGUGUGCUUGGUGCGUGUACAUACUGACAUGGAUCUUGUAAAUACUUAUUAUCAUAAUAAUAGUUCAGGCGUCGCUCGUUAAGGCCAUCGCAAGACCGCCCGAUAGAUACUUAUUCCUUGUCCUUGCAUUUUGUACCAUAACGUCCAUAUGUGUACAUAGCGUAAACAGAUUUAACUCCAUGUUUUUCGUGAUAGCAAUAUUAAGGAAUUAAGGUUUGAUAGUAGACCGCUUGCAAAAUAUAAUUAGUAGGUAAUAGGUAUGAUACUGUUGCCAGGGGUAAUACCUUGUAGAAAAUUGUCCAUAUACUUUAAUCCAAUCGUACAAUAUUUCUUAAACUUACUCCAGCCUUCCAAAAACCAUUUUAAUAAAAACCAUGCUUCUGGUAUUCGACAUAUAUAUUACAACUCCAUACUGAUAUCUAUAUGCAAAUAUUGCGAAGCAAGUGCUACGAGUAUGAGAGAUUUUGAAGCUAAACUCGAUGGAGGAUGAUACAUCAAACUAAUAUCCAAUAAGUUGAUAUCUCAGGUUAAUAUUGGAUUAGUGUAGCAUGAUGUGCCAUCGCUCGUGGCUCGUGCGUAACAUCGUUUGCUAAGAAAGCCAAACAUUUUAAUACUAAGCUUCAUGUAUUUAGAGUCCUUAUUAAUCUGCUAGAUUUGCGAAACUAGAUACUGAGCUGAUAGUAUUGUCAAAUCAACUGCAUUUUAAAGUAUUGGAAUAUAAUUCCAUGAUAUAGUGCAUGUGUGUUUUCUAUGUGUAGAUUAGACUUUCAUAUACUUUUAAUAAGUACAUAAAUAAUUCAAUACUUUGUCAUCGCGAGAUACAAGAUCUUAAUGCUUUUGUCGAACUAAACUUCCAAAAAGAUUUUCUUUCGGAUUAUUGCAUUGUUCAACAACCAUUGUUAUAUAUAUUUUUCUUUAGUUAUUUGGGAACUGAUUUUGAUCAAUCAUUUGUCUUCUUUCCUUUGGAUUUAGGAAUAACUAUCCUGAAAAUUGGAUAUUGUUUUUGGGCUUUUCGAUUCUUUAUUGGUUGUACCACAUUUUCGAACUUGUACAUUAUUAAGUGUCCAGCACUAUCGCAGUGUGAGUUAUCGAUGAUAACCUAAACCCAAUUGAUUAAAACAUUGAUAACUUAUCAUUAUUGGGAUUUAUCAAAGGAAAUUAACAAUGAGCUGUUCAGUCUACUUACGGCCGCGAUAAUUUAUGUGGCACUUAUAUUCACACUGCCAUUAUGCGAAAACAAGCUUAUAAAACUAUAAAAUGUCGACGUGUGGCUUCACCCGCGUCUAAUUAAGAAGAUUUUUCUCGAUUAGGUCCCAAAUCACGAUCCUGACAGAAUAUCGGGAUUAAAAGUAACGUAUGCCAAUCCCUGAAGAGUAAACUUUCCAAUAGUGAAAUCAUUGUUCAAAUCGAUCCAGUAGUUUCUGAGUGCAAACAAACAAGCAUAAAAUAUUUCCCCUAGUAUAGAUUGAUUUUUAUUCUGAACUAAAAGUUGUAAAUAAGAGUCCAUUAACUUCAUAAAAAUAUUAUGAGGUAAAUCUACAUACUUUUGGCAACUUCAAACUAUUAUUUCGCGGUUUCAUUACAAGUCAAUUAAAAUUAGGUACCUAUCGAAUGUUCUGUCUAAUUUUCCGCCUAUCAAAUAAAUUGCAACGCGACAACAUAGGUGGGUACCUCCCAGUAUUUUGCUAUACAGUUAAAGAGACUUUACUUUUUUAACUUAAAUAAAUAGGUGCCUAUGAAAUUGCCGGUCCCUAUCAAAUGUGAAGUACCUCGCUUGGUUCUUACAACACCCACAAUAACAGGCGUAGAACAUAGUUACCCCUCUACAAUUUAACUGUCACGUAACUUCUACGUCAUACCAUGCAUUAUAAAAUCAAGUCCCAAAGAUUUUAUAAUAAUUAUUUUAUGACUGAUCACUCUUUUAUAAGUAUAGUGAGUCAGAUAUUCCAUCGCGUGUUCGAUGUUUUAUUAUUUCUGCUUUUCCUUGUCCCAUUUAAAAUGUUUAGAAUAUUUUCGUACGACAAGUGCUAUCUAAACUUCUUUAUCUAGUGCAGUCCCGAUUCAUAAUUAUUUUUCCACUGCCUGCAUAUGUAUGAAUAGGAUUUAUUGUAUCACAACAUGUAUUGUAGCUUGAUAUAAUGCUUUGCGAAGAAGCUGUUGGAAAAUAAACAAGAGACAUGUGUUUCUGUACAUGGACACAUGUAUAGUUAAUUCUUUGUUACCUUUAAUAAUUUUACAUCGGAUUUCUAUGUUGACUCAAGUCCCGCCGAUAUAAUAUAAACAAAACUGUUAGUCAUGUCGUUACUGAAAAAUUGCUGUCACUUAGUUUAAUUAUUCCGUCUUAUAAAUUAAAUGUGCAAUAUUCGCUAUGUAUACGGAUACGAGCGAGCCUUUCAAAAGAGGCUCACAUGAUGAAAAAAAAGUAAAACCUAAUUGGUUCUAAAGCAAAAAAGUAAAAAAAAAAUGAAACAGGAACAGUUGUGAUUGUCGUAAAAUGUUUUUUAAACUAGCCAAUACUUUUUAUUGACAAUAUUGUGUUGUAUAUUCUGCACUACAUUUAGUUAAGAAGUUAAUUUAAAUGUUGACUUGUUUUUAAUUCAGUCCAUAUAAUCUUGAACACAUCCAUGACACCAAUACGAUGAUCUGUUUAUGUUGUAGACUGUCUCAUGGUGUCUGUCUAGUGUUUCCAACCAUCCACCAAUUUGUUCUUAAAAUAAUUAAUGUUCUGUAGUGCCAGUCCAGUACUGGGCGUCUCUUCUUGUCUAGCACAUGUAUGAGGUUUAAAUACACCCAUUACGUCUAUAAUGUAUGUUGUCUCCCAAGUUUAGAAAUCAUAAAAAUAUGUUUCAGCUUAAGGUUUAAAAUGGUGCCAUGUUAUUAUCUUUUUGUCUUUUAGUAAAUCAUCUUGUUCCUCUAUGUAAAUACAAGUUUUUAUUUCCUUUAUUAUAUCUUAAUCACAUAUAAAUUUACUAUCGUCACUUUCACUUAGAUACUAAUUUUAAAAGUAAGAGUUGUUCAUUUUCUAAGCCAUGCGUUUAUCGGCCAAAUUAAUGUUCAUGUUAAUUGUGUACUAUAGUUAGCCGAGUAUCAGUGUUUUUGUAUACCACUUUAAGUUACAUCCAAAAUAGAAUAUCAGUUUUUAGUAAACGUUUUACUGAAUUUUUUGUGGAUAUAUUAAUUAAAAAGUAAACAUCGCUAUUGAAUUUUAGGUAGAUAGUGUUUAAAUAAAAUAGUUCGGACUUUGGUGCUAAAUAAAAAUGAAUAUCAGUCCAAAAUUAGGUAACAUAUAUUUUUAGUACUCAGGAAAUAGUUGGUGAAAUGUCAUAGUUUUCUUUAGAUCGGUAUGUGUAACGACGUGAACAUUCCAAACUUGUAUGUUCGACUUAAAACACGUACGUUCAUAUUUAUUAGUUGUGCAAUUGACAAGCGUGACAUAAUUUUUGAUGAUGUAACACAAAAACCGGACUGUUUACUUCCACGGCAUGAUAGUGUGCCAUACCUAUGCAUUUUGCAUUCUGUUAGUAUCAACAUUGAAAAUGCCUUCACUUACGAAUAACUUUUCGAUACAAUACAAUUGAAACUAGUCGUUUUCAUUGAUUAAUAUUAUGUAUAUACACUGCAUGUGUCCAAACACUAUUGUUUCUGUUUAUAAUGAAAUUAUAUCAUCUCUUUUGUCUCAACUUUAUUAGAUAUUUUACUCAUAUUAAUUAUUCAUGUUGUAUAUUGUAAAUUAAUUGUAUAAUGGCUAAUUAUAAUUGAAGUAUGGUGAUGAAUGGCAAGUCUGUGGCGUGUGUGCAGUGAACGAAUGCUAGAUGUCUUUGCAGGGUGCUUGGGGAUGAAUCUUAACGUUACAUGCGUAUUAUGCACUUAAUUUCGUGUACUUACAUUGUGUUUACAUAUCACAUAUUAUAAAAUCGAAAUUUAAAAUCUAAAGCUCUUGUAAAUAAUCGCUUGGAAAAUAUACGAUCUCAAUGCUUGUAACAAAUGUCCAUCUCCAUGAGUCUCGCGUGCUACGAAUGCUUAUUCCAGGAUUUUGUUUCAAAUGAAAUAAAGUAGUGCCUUAUUUCAUGUUCUUUGCACUUAUAAUUGUUUGAAGUUUGAAUUGUAAGACAUUACUUAAUGGCUAUUUGAUUUUUCUUUGGAAUCAAAGCAAUAACAUCGGUCAUCAUUAGAACGACAUGUAAUAAAUGGUUGAAUUAGAUGUAAGUGUAGCACGGGACGCCACCCUUGUCUGUAUAAUGUGAUUUGUGAUAUAAGUUAUUAGUGUUAUUUGUUUGCUCAAAAUUACUUUCUCCUUUCGAUCUGUGUACUUAUGGUUCAUGAAAUUUGUAAGACUGUAUUUUAUUUUGUUGUGUAAUAUCGUUAGUAAACUUCGGGUUAUGAAUAUAGUUAUUUUGAAAUUAA